AUGUUUUCCCCAGUCUUUUGUGACGCCUUGCCGCUGGCGGCCGCUGCGUCGACAGACCCGAAGCAUGGAGCGGCGAAGAUUGAUGUUCAGGUGUACACGCCGAGUCAUCCGACCGGUGCCCUGUUGAAAAAGCUCCAGGAGCUGGAUGCUAUUUCCAAGCAGAACGGCGUGGUUUCCUACGGGAAGCGCAACGUGGGUGGUGGCGAAGUGACCUGCCACCAGGUCACGAUCCUCGACACGGGCAAAGUGACGGCUGUCAAGGAUCUUGGCACCGCCUCCAAGCUCCCGUCUGAGGUGAGCACGGCUCGCUCGACGCUACGCAACAUUGGCGAGUCUGCGUACAACUUUUUGCUCGGCGGUGUGGCCGGCUCGGUGGGUGCGACACUCGUGUACCCGAUUGACCUUGUCAAGACGCGUAUGCAGAACCAGCGCUCGAACGUCGUGGGCGAGGCGCUGAUGUACAAAAACAGCCUGGACUGCGCCAAGAAGGUGCUGCAAAAAGAGGGCUUCCUUGGCUUCUACUCGGGUCUCUUGCCGCAGCUGCUGGGUGUCGCGCCGGAGAAGGCCAUCAAGCUCACGAUGAACGACUUGGUGCGCAACCUCUCCCAGGACGACCAGGGCCAAGUGCCCAUUGUUGCCGAGGUCAUGGCGGGUGGUAUUGCCGGUGGUUCGCAGGUGGUCUUUACGAACCCUCUCGAAAUCGUCAAGAUCCGUCUACAGGUGCAGGGCGAGAUGAGCAAGGACCCCUCGCAGGUGAAGAACGGCGCGAUCCAGAUCAUCCGCCGCCUGGGUCUCUUUGGUCUGUACAAGGGUGCGACGGCGUGCUUGCUGCGUGACAUUCCCUUUAGCGCAAUCUACUUCCCGCUGUACGCGCAUCUCAAGUCGGACAUGUUUGGCCAGACGGACCCCAGCAAGAAGCUCACCUUUGGCCAGCUGAUCUCGGCCGCGUCGAUCGCCGGUAUCCCUGCCGCAUUCCUCACGACGCCCGCCGAUGUGAUCAAGACGCGUCUCCAGGUCGAGGCGCGCAAAGGCCAGACGACGUACAAGGGCAUUGGCGACUGCUUCGUCCAGAUUCUCCAAAAGGAGGGCCCCGCGGCCUUGUUCAAGGGUUCGCUCGCACGUGUGCUGCGCUCGUCGCCGCAGUUUGGUGCGACGCUGGUUACGUACGAGUACCUCAAGAAGCUGCUUCCUCAUCCCUUUGGCCCUACCUCGAACGCGGCCCGCCUGCCGGACGUGGUGAACGAGCAAGAGUUUAGGGAGGUGCAGGAUGCCCUGAAGCUCGUCUCGAGCAUCCACUACCUGUCGCGCACGGCGUAG